AUGGCACCUAGCAUCGCUUGCCUCGCUUGUCUCGCUCUCCUCGUGGUGCAUGUUUGCUCCACGUCCACGGAGUUCUCGAGCGAGGGUGCUCUGCUGCAGGGCUUGGAGGAGCCCAGUACUGAGCAUGCCAUACUUUCAGACAGUCUACAGUGGAUGCGGACGUGUAUUGCCAACAGUUGGUGGAAGGCUGCCAGAGCCAUUGUGUCUCGCACUCACGCCCAGAAAUCUCCAGAUGCUGGAUCAUCCACGCUAGCCUCCCUGAGUUCGGAGGUUCGCGCAUUAGUCAAAGGCGUAAAGCAGCAAGCGGACCAGUUUGCCGAGUACGCAGACGAUACAUUCCGCGGGCAUAGACAGGGCUUAGAUGACGUGCCAUGCGCGUUGCAGUGGGCACAGAACUCCACAACAGUCUUUUUAGCUGUGAAGUACGCCAGUCGGUGGUCAGCUCCUGGGGCCAUCGAGAUCGCAGAUGUGAGCGUCAACAUCACUGAUGCUGCUUUUGCCUUGUCUGGCUUCGGACAUCACUCCAGUAUCCGGAAGCGCUACUUUGUUGACUUGGCGCUUUAUGCGGAUGUGGUGCCAAGUCGGAGCACGUGGUCGGCCGCUUCGGUCGGCCGCGCCACCGCCACGAUCCCGAAGGCGCAAGCCGGCAAGUGGAGCCGCCUGACCAAAGCCAAGGACAAGUCGAAGCACCAGAUCACUAGCUGGCUCGACAUGGAGGAGCGCUGGUCUGAGGAGCUCAAGAACCCUCAGCCUCGCCCAGAAGCAAAGACGGAGCCCAAGGCGAAGGCGGAGACGACAACUCCUGCACCCGCGGGCCGCGAGAAGGGGCAGCGAGUCCACACACCAAUGUACAAGAAAGUGCAACGGCAGCUGCAUAAGCAGAUGAAGCGAAUGUCGAAGUUCUUCAGCAGAGGCCUGCCGUUCGUGGCGAUUAUCUUGGGCACCAUUCUCGUAGGGCUCGCCUUUCGGAGCUACUUCGCUCCAGCAGCUGAGGACGAGACGUCCGAGCCACAGCAUGAUGAUGUCCCCAACAUCGCAGAGGUGUUGGCGGCGGCUGCGUCCCCAAAGGUUGUGUCUUCCGGCAACAAUCCUUUGACUUGGCCUCUUGGCAAACAAGCUUGGUGCUGCGAGCACCAUCAGACUGGCUGCGUCAAGGACAGCGGUUUCCACUGCAACGAAGGCGAUGCAAGUGCCUGGGCACAGGACAAGAGAGCAUAUUGCUGCACGGCCGCCGGCCUGGGCUGCACUACUCAGAUGCCCCUGGAAGGGCAGAUGUUCGACUGCACUGAAGGCUAUGCCAAUUGGCCCGAGUGGCCGGCCAACAAGCAGUCUUGGUGCUGCGAGCAUCACUCACGCGCAUGCCCCUCAGAGGACAAGCAGUAUGACUGUAGCACAUCCGAGAGCUCGUGGAUCAGCGAGCAGAGAGAGUGGUGCUGUCUUCACCAUGGUAAGGCUUGUGCUCAGUGA